CAUAACGCUAACCUAACCUAUCCUCCCGGGAAAAAAAUGAAGAACUAUUAUUUAUUACAAGACCGAACCUAACCUAAUAUUUUACUUCGUUAAACUUCUGAACUAUUCGGGUUGUUGUUGUGUCUUUCAUCCCUGCGAACUAUAUGAUAUCCAGAGCAUUGUUACAAACAAGGAAAAGGUUUGUUUCUGAUGAAGUUAUUGUCAGUUGGAAACAUCCAGCAAGACACAUAAAACAUGUCUGCUCCGGAAUUAAAUGAAGUCCUCGGCGAGCGCCAGAACGAACACGUGAUCCCGGGAACGGAGGAUCUGCCGACCCACCAAAACUUAUCGCGCUGGGAGAGAGCGAGCGAGCGCCUGCGCAAGCACCACACGCGGAUAAGCAUCUUCGUGGUGUUCUUCGCGGUCUUCAACGUCGCCUGCUUCGCCACGGCGGACGAGGCCCACUUCGCGGGCACCAGGGCCGCGACGGAGCUGCUCGUCGAGACGGGGGGCCCGGACAGCUUCAGGGGGGUCGCCGACAGGCACGGCUUCUGGGCGUACGCCAAGGGCCCGCUGGUGACGGCCCUCUCUGAGCACGCGUGGCACGAGUCGAAGGACCUCGUGGACGACAAGCAGCGCGCUUCGAGGGACUACCGGUUGCUGGGCGCGGUGCGAAUAAGGCAGGUCCGGGUGAGGAACGACUCGUGCGUCGUCAAGGAAGUUUUCCGAGACAAGUUCUCGACCUGCUACAACUAUUACUCCGGCCAGGCCGAGGAACGAGGGCCGCUGGAUCUCGGGAACGGACAUGUUUGGCUCCACCACACCGCUGACGAGCUGGGCGGCGGCAGUUACGGCGGCAGCGUGAGCACGUACGGCGGAGGAGGCUACUUCCAAGACUUUCCCUUCUCGAGGAGCGCGGCCAUAGACACCAUCAGCAGGCUGGAGGACAGGAAGUGGAUCUCCCAAGCGACCAGGGCGGUGUUCGUAGAUUUCGUCUUUUCCAACGCGAACGCCGGUCUCCUCUUCGCGGUGAAGCUCUUGGUGGAGUUCCCGCCCCUCCACAGCGCCAUUCCCUCGUGGUACAUCGACACGUUUAAAGUUAUCAGAUACAGCACAUCGUUUUAUUUGUUCAUUCUCGCUUGCGAGAUUGCUGUGGUUGUUUUCACUCUGUUCUACGCAACGGAAGCCAUCUACGAAAUAAUACUACUGAGAUUCCGGUUUUUUACUCAGUUUUGGAAUAUUUUAGAUUUAGCCAUUGUGGUGUCAGUCUUCGCAUGGGCGAUACUCAAGAUAGUCUGUUAUUUCAGGGAGAUCAGUGUUCUUGAUAGUCUUGAAAAUGAUAACGACCGUUUCACAAAUUUCGACCAGCUGGUCGUCGGUCAUUUGUGGUACACCCAGCUGAAAGCUUUAGCUCUGUUUUUAACUUGGAUUAAAUUUCUUAAGUUUACCAAAUUCAGGGAAAUCCUUUACCGGGCGUAUUGGAUGUCUUUUGAGUUUGUAAUCAUAUUAUUUCAUUUCGUUUUGGUCAAUGCAAUAUUUGCUUACGUCCUUUUUGCCUCCAGCUUGGACGAUUACAGUACAUUUAUUAGCUCGAUGUUUUCAUUGAUGAAAAUUAUGGUGCAUGACUUCGAUUACCAGAGUUUGAAGAGAGUGCAGCCGUUACUGGGGCCAAUUUUUUUCUUUGAAUAUGUACUAGUCCUUUACGCUAUCGUCCUAAACAUGUUUCUGGCGGUCAUCUAUGAUGCAUUUGGAGAUUUGCGAAAAGGCAUACCGAGGAAUAGCAAAGGCGACAACAUGUGGCAACCAGGUGCAGGAAGUACGCACGAACGAGCCGGACAGAGGAUGUAUGAUGCACUUAUAGAGUACAAUUUUCCCAGGUCGGACAUUGAGUUAUUUUUCAUCAGACAUAACAUAAAUCCACAUGAGGUUGAAAGCGCAAGCGAGUUGGCGCAAAGAUUGAGGGCGACCACUAUCCAAAAUCAGACUGACUUUCUCGAGUUAGAAGAGUUGUACAACCUGCUGGAACAGGCAGAUGAUCGCGUCGAAGCUCUGGAAUGGCUGCUGGAAGAUGUUCAAAUUGAUGUCGAUCUCGCCUUAGAGGAAUUAAACUCGAGAACUUUAAAACCAGCAUAGGUAACAAUUUUUAGUAAAUUCUUAAAACUGGUAUAUUUUUUUUCAUAUAUAUGGCUUUUUUUUAACUGUUUAGAAACUUCUCUUGCCGAGUCAUUUAUUAGGACAUCGUCCAAAAUUUAAGUACUAAUGCAUACAAGACUAUUCGCAUUACAAACAACGUUCUCACUGAAUGGAAAACAUGUGAACAUUAGUAUGUAUGUAGUAAACACAAUUGUUUGACUUAUUAUUGGUAAAGUAUUAUGAAAACUGGAAA